CAACCCUGCUGAUCCUGUCAGUAUGGACCAAUGCUUAACCAGAGAUCAUCUCGUGUAGCAUCACAUAGACGGUUACGGUUUCCGAUCACGUUGAAAUAUUUGAAUGAUACCCACCAUCUUUAUCAGGUUCCACCGACCUUUUAACUUGAAAGUUUUAAGUUAAAAGGUACUCCCAAGUGCUUAGGAAAUGUCCGUUGUGCUCAUCUUUACUUCUACUCAUUAUUCAAGAUGAGGUUUCUUUCAAUUCUAUAUCUGUGUUCUGCAGCAAUAUUCUCAUCUUCUUAUGCUGCAGAACUGGUCAAAGAAGAUACGGGAAGCGAUAUCUUGAAAUCUAUUGAGUCAGCGACUACUUGUGUCGGAUGCAACGUAAGUAGCUUAAUAUACAUUUAGUUACUGAUUCCUUUUCGUUUAUUUUUCAUGGUGUACAUUGGGAACUCUUUGCUUCAAUGUGGAGAGUAGCUUAUCAUGUCGAGCGAAAAACUAAUACAAUUGGUAAUAGUCGGUACUGUUGUUGCUAAAGGGUGUCGCGCAUCUUGGAAACGACGCUUUUGUUGAUACUUUGACUGAAAUAUGCAAAUUGGCUGGAGUGAGUUUCCCUUUCCUUUUGUUGAAUGUUUGUGUUGACGUGAUUUUAAGGUCGAAGAUGCGGAUGUUUGUUCGGGUGCAAUCGGCCUGGAGGGACCAAUAAUUGCCCAUGACCUGAGGCAAAUGACAAUAGGAACGCAAACUUCCAAAUUGUUUUGCAUAACGUUCUUUGGGUUGUGUGACUUUCCUGCUGUUACUCCAUACACGGUUCCAUUUCCAAGUGCUAAGCCUGCUACUCAGCGUCCAGCUGCGAGCGGCAAGGCGCCUAUCAAGAUUGUACAUUUUAGCGACAUUCACGUGGAUCGGGAGUAUGAAGUCGGAGCUAAUAGCAAUUGCUCGAAGCCUAUCUGCUGUAGAUCAUAUACUUCUGCGGAUGCACCCGGAAACAACUCAUAUCCAGCGGGUGAAUAUGGAAACUACAAAUGUGAUGCUACUCUAAGCUUGGAAGAGAGUAUGUACGCGGCUAUCAAGGAGGUUGCUCCAGAUGCCACAGCAACACUCUUCACAGGUGAUAUCGUUGAAGGCUCUGUCUGGCUCGUUAAUUCAACUACCAACAUUGCGGAUAUAAACGAUGCUUAUAGUCGAAUGUCAGGCCUAACCAAAAUAUUUGCUGCCACUGGAAACCAUGAAUCGGCGCCAGUCAACUCUUUCCCUCCAGAUGCAGUUGGCGUUUCGACUUAUCAAUGGGUCUAUGACACUCUUUCUACGAACUGGAAAGCGUUUAUUGAUCCCACUGCUGCCGCCUCAGCCGAUAGCUUCGGUGCAUACUCGACCCUCUUACCGGGAUCAAACCUGAGGAUUAUAUCUAUUAACACUAAUCUCUAUUACAGGUCAAACUAUUGGCUCUACGAAGCCACCAUGGAGAAAGAUCCUUCUGGACAACUUGCAUGGAUGGUCACUGAACUUCAAGCUGCUGAGACUGCUGGCGAAAGAGUUUACAUUAUUGGACAUAUGCCAAUGGGCUCCAGCGAUGUAUUCCAUGACACUUCAAACUAUUUCAACCAGAUCACCCAAAGAUAUUCCGCCACUAUCGCCGCUCUAUUUUUUGGUAAGAUUCUUUGCCCUUUCUACCUAUUGCGCACUAACAGAAGUAGGCCAUACCCACCGCGAUGAAUUCCAAAUCACAUACAGUGACUACACCGCUCAAACCGCAGCCAAUGCCCUCGAAGUAUCCUAUAUCAUCCCCUCUAUGACUCCAACCUCAGGCUACCCAACCUUCCGAGUUUACACUGUUGACCCAGUGACCUAUGGCGUCCUCGAUUUCACAAACUACAUUGCGGAGUUUGAUCUCACCGCCUCCACACAAUCUGUUCCCACAUGGAAGCCCUACUACUCUGCCAAAGCUGCUUAUGGCCCUCUAGUAACCCCAGCUCUUACCUCCGACACAGCAGAACUAACUCCUGCCUUCUGGCACAAUCUCACCACCGUCUUCGCCGCAAACCCUACAGUAUUCAACCAAUACAUUUCCAGGAAAACAAGAGGAUAUAACGUGGAGACUUGCACGGGUGAUUGCGCAACCCAGGAAAUCUGUCAGAUAAGAGCGGCAGAGAGUCAAUAUAAUUGUGCUACCAUUAAGCCGGGAAUUCACUUUAGGAAGAGAAGUGAAGGAGACGAGACGCUAGAAAGAAGGAUCGGGAAUGUGGUGGACAAUUUUGGUGGAGAGUGUGAGGGCAGUGCCAUCAGGCCGAUUUUGACAAAGUUGGCGGCGCAGCAAGGUUUGCUCGAGAGCGCAUUGGAGCGUGCAAAGGCAAAGGCGAAGGCUAGGAAGUAAACAACUUCGCUUAUAAAUGAGAUGAUGUCUGUUCAUGAUAUGAGGUUGGUCUGUGAAGUACGAGUAUCUAAUUGAUGGAGCUUGAUAAUAAGGUUGGUGAUGCGAGAUAGUUUUAGUAAUGUUCAAAGCAGAAUUUUUGAUGCAUGUAUGAAAUUUGCUUGAAAGCGUUUAUUGUCAGAAUUUGACUUCAUGAGGAUAAAUGC